AAGGAGCCUAGACAAGUGAAAGACAGGAAGAAGGAAAGAGGAAAACAGAGUAGUGAGAAGACGGGAGGGAGAUGAAGGGAGAAGGAAGACAGAGACAGACUAGGAGACAGGGUGACAGGGCCGAGUGGGCACCAGGGCCUGGUCCGGGGGAGCUCUUCCUGAGGUUUUGGCGUGGGGUUUUUGAGCUGGCACUCGCGAUUCCGGAGUCAGGAAUGGAGAGAGAACCAAGUUACUCCGCGGCGAACGCUCUGGGCAGAGAUAUAUGUAAAUCAGGGCUCCUUGAGCCUGGAGAGCGCCGCAAUUAAGCUUCUUGAACAAGAAGCAACAAGCUCCCAGCGGGCAUGCUGCAGAGGGUGGCGGCGUCGCGGGGGGGCGGGGAGCGGCUGCAGGAAGGGAUGUGGGGGGUGGGAAGCUCACACCCUCACACCUAGUCCCCGGUGCCCCGGGCUGGGGCUGCCCCCUCCGCACUCCGCUCCUUUCUCUUCCCCCUUCCUCCCCCUUCUUCUUCUCCCCCUCCCUCCUCCUCCCUGCCGGCUUUGGUCCGCGUACUUAAAGCAGCGCGGGAGGGCGGGCGCGGGCGGGCGGCCCAGCCGGGCGGUGGCAGAUGCACCCAGCAGUGGCAGCCGCCGGAGGCGCACAGGUGACCGGCCUGCGGCACAGCCUGGGGAUUGCUGGCUGGAGAGGGAGGCCGAUCCGCCCCCAGCGCGCGUGUGUCUCGGCGCCAGGAGCCGUCCCGGGGCGUGUUGGCGAGCGCUGAUACAGAUAUAAGGACAUUUCUCUCCAUGGCGUCACGUGACAUAAUUACCACCAGAAUCAAUCAAGAUGAAUUGCACGUCAGCGACCGGUGGGGAUUUUUGCUUAGUUGAUCCCGGCCCAAGCCUCUUGUGCAAUCGAUGGCUCAGGUUGACGGCGCGGGGAGCGGCCCUGGGCUCGCAGGCGCGCACGCCGCGGAGCCAUGAACGACUUUGACGAGUGCGGCCCGAGCGCAGCCAGCAUGUACCUGCCCGGCUGCGCCUACUAUGUGGCCCCGUCGGACUUCGCCAGUAAGCCGUCGUUCCUGUCUCAACCGUCGUCUUGCCAGAUGACUUUCCCCUACUCUUCCAACCUGGCGCCACACGUCCAGCCCGUGCGCGAAGUGGCCUUCCGCGACUACGGCCUGGAGCGCGCCAAGUGGCCCUACCGCGGCGGAGGCGGCGGCGGCGCUGGGGGCGGUGGCGGCGGGGGAGGCCCCGGCGGGGGCGGCAGUGGUGGCGCCGGCGGCUACGCUCCCUACUACGCUGCAGCUGCGGCGGCGGCGGCGGCGGCGGCGGCGGCCGAAGAGGCGGCCAUGCAGCGCGAGCUGCUCCCGCCCGCGGGCCGCCGACCGGACGUGCUCUUCAAGGCGCCCGAGCCAGUGUGCGCCGCGCCCGGGCCGCCUCACGGCCCCGCAGGCGCCGCCUCCAACUUCUACAGCGCCGUGGGCCGCAACGGCAUCCUGCCGCAGGGCUUCGACCAGUUCUACGAGGCUGCGCCCGGGCCCCCGUUCCCCGGACCGCAGCCCCCACCGCCGCCCGCGCCCCCGCAGCCCGAGGGCGCUGCCGAUAAAGGCGACCCCAAGACGGGGGGCAGUGGCGGCGGGGGCAGCCCUUGUGCCAAGGCGACCCCCGGCUCAGAGACCAAGGGGGCAGCAGAAGGCGGCGACGGCGACGGCGACAGCGAAGGGCCCCCGGGGGAGGCAGGGGCUGAGAAGAGUGGCGGCGCAGUGGCCCCACAGAGAUCCCGGAAAAAGCGCUGUCCUUACACCAAGUACCAGAUCCGUGAACUGGAACGCGAGUUUUUCUUUAACGUGUACAUAAACAAAGAGAAAAGACUCCAACUCUCUCGGAUGCUCAAUCUCACUGACCGGCAAGUCAAAAUCUGGUUCCAGAAUCGCAGGAUGAAAGAAAAGAAACUGAACAGAGACCGUCUGCAGUAUUUCACUGGAAACCCCUUAUUUUGAGAGCUCCAGGAAGCACCCCCCCUCCCCCGAACUCCUCUCACCCACCCUGCUCCCCACAAGCCUGCCAUCGGCAGGCCCAAUGUCCUUGGACUUAAUGACGCCUCUUCUAUGUGGAACUCCACGACUCCUUCCCACGGUCAACUCGGGACCUCCCAGCGACCACUGCAGCCUGCCGACGAGGCCGGGACUUGGCCGAAUGGAUCCUAAUAAGGGGAAAAUGGUAAAUGCAAACAUCCCUUUACACUUUUACCGCCAAUGUGCUGUUGUUCUCCCUCCCUCUCUUCGAGUCCCCGUGGGGACGCUGUGGGAUCUACAGAGAGUUAGGCCUCUGGGCUGGAAAGCACUUGUUAUUGUUCUGAGUUUAAGGAACCCAGACCUUUCCCCCUUGGUGAAUACAAAUUAUUUAAACUGGGAAAUGUACCUUUGGUCUGUCUUAUCAAGGCAUGAGUCACUACUGUCUUUUGUGUAAAUAAAUGGUUUCUAGUAAAAUGAAGGUUACAGCUUCAAUAUACUAUAUGAAUUUUCCUCUGCGAAGUUUAGUAUAUGAUUAGGUUAUUUUAGUGGCCAAAUCUCCCCUACGCAUCUGAAAAUCAAGUGAAAUGUUUUUUAAUCCCGCUAAAAUCAGAGUUGUUCCCUUCCACCCCUUCUAGGCUACACCAGUUUUUAAAAUCACUUUAGGGAUGAAUUUCUGAAUUGAGAAUGUGAUUGGUGCUGCCUUCUCCAAAUUAGGCUGGGGUAGCAGGAAACUAAGAAACAAAUCUCCUCCCCUAACCCACCUUAAGUCUAGUGAACUUGGAAUUUCUGAAAACACAAAAGCCAUUUUAAAAAACUAGUUAGAAAAUCCAAAUUCACUCUUAACAAGGUAUCAAGGAGUCAGGGUCCUUUUAAAGAAGAAACAAAAAUUAGAACUCUACAUUGAAAAAAAAGUUUGCUAAAAGGAAGCUAUCAGUGAGUGGAGAAGGCUUGAUUGGGGUCCUUGGUGGUGUCACAGCUGGUCAGGAGCAGGAAAGGUAAGGAUCUUCCUGGAAUAGCGCCAGGGGCUGCAGACCCACAUCUCACCGCAUUUAUCGUUUCAAGUUAAAGAAUGUGGUGGGGGCUGUACUGCACUUUAUGUUGCAGGGCGAGGCCAGGCUGUUUACAAAACCUUGAACUGUCUAGACAACACCAUAAAAGCCAAAGUUCUAAACAGCUUAAUUGGGUUAUAUUAUACACCUUCUGGUGGGCCCAAAAGAGAUUUCCGCAAUGUGCAAUAAACUGGAGGAGUGAGAAAAGCGUCUUUCUCUGAAAAGAGUAAAGUGAAUCUUGUGACUCUUAACCUUUCAUAAGCCCAAAGUACAAAAUAAAUAAAUCCAUAAGAUGUACAGCGCUCCAAGCAUCUUCCAAGGAGGCAUGCAUUUCCAAAUGCAAAAAAAAAAAAUUUAAUUGCCAAAGCUUUUUCGGGAAGGAAAAACAUAAGUGUAUGCCUUUGAACUUCCAAAAUGUCAAGGUCAUCACCUUUAACCUUUCUGAAUAAUUAGGUGCCUUAAGGUUCUUCUCUGAUAUUCAACUGCCACCCACUCUCACACAUACAUGCUCACAUACAUCCAGACCCCCACAUACAUUUAUGACCACACAGAAUUAUAUCGGGGAUCACAUAAAUCUAAACAAAUUCCUCAUUUCAAGAUCAAUAACCUUAAUUUCCCUUCAAACAUUUCUGUAAUUCAACAGCAAUUGACAUCUUUUUAAAAAUAGUGGUUAGAUUAAAAUGUCUACCAGCAUGCUUUGAAUACAGCUAGGAAAUGCUGGGGGUGUUUUUUUUGGUGGGGGGCGGUCAUAGCAGUCUCCUUUGCUCUAAUGAAGAACUGUGGUUUUAAAACAAGCAUUUGAAAGUGGAAGUUCUAUUCAGGCCUACACCUUUGUAAUAUAUGAAAAAUUAGCCACCCUGUCAAAUAAAAUAUUGUACUUUCUAUGGUAUGAAACAAAAGAAAGUAUAUUUACAUUGUUUUCCAAAGCUUCUCUAAGCCUUUGGUGAAAGAUGCACUAGAUACAAAACCUACAAUUGAAUAAUUUUGUUAGGAAGGGGAUUUCUUUGUUUGGAAUUCUGGACGUCCGUUAAAAUGUCAAUGUCCUAGUAAUACGAUCGUUCCAGGAACGUAAAACUGGUUUAUUUCUUUCUCUCUCCUCUUUUUUUUUUUAACUGCGUCUAAAUGCAGCAAGCUUGUAUGUACACCACCUUAGGCAAGCAGAACCAAGAGAUCCCAUUUCCCAUUUGCAUGGCCUCGGAGAGCCACACGAGGGCGUGCUCACGUUCCAGAAGCCGCGUUUGGCAGAGAGGCUGCGGUACCGUAUCUUUCCAAUACUGGAUUCUAAUAGGAAAUCUCAGCCCAUUACAGGCAGGCGGCCGCUAAGGUGUUUGUUCUAAGCAGCCAGAAGACGGGGGAAGUUGUUUAAGGAUAGAGAAAAGGGAACUACCCAGAUUCCUGAAACAAGUGAUCACCAAUCGUUGUCUCCUUUAUAAAGAUAAAGCUGUUGCAAAGAAUACCUUGGUAUAUAACCUGCUGGUGUUGAGGGUUUUUAAAAGACAAAUAUGUGUAACGUCGAAGUAGGUCAUGCCACUAAGAGUUAACUGAAUUAGGGAAAAUCAGUUUUCUUGGUUUGAGUGUGGAGAGCGAUAGGAGGGUAGGACCAACCCCUCCCCAAAAACCGCGUCUGCCUUGCGUGCUCUCCGACCGCCUGGGAUGAUUAAAAGGCUUUUGUUUAAGACUGAUCAGAACGCCAGCAACUUAGCUGAAUGUGGUCUCAGCAAAAAACAGGCGCGCUGGGACUGAAGGGGCCGUUUUGGGCGAGGGAGUCCCCCCAACCCGGUCGUGCCAGGCGCCCGGGGCUAGUGAUAGCGACCAGGAGGCGCAGGCAGUUAGGGCGCCCAGGCCAGGCUGGGCUGACGCGGCUGCGGGAAGCGGCAGGCUGUCCGGGAAAUGUUUAUGCUCCAAAGCAUCUCGGAAUGGCGAAUGCUUUGGAGACAAACGGGCUUUGCGUUUGACAGAACUCUGGACACCCUCGUAGCACCCUGUUGGCCUUGGCCGCAGAAUUUGAUUUUGGCACCAGGUCUUGGAAGCAGUUUUCUUGCUGCGUGCCCUGCUCACCCACUCCCACCCCAGUUCCCCCCUUUGCAAAGCCCCUGACAAUGGGGACGGCUGUGUCACCGUCCGCGGUCCAAAAGAAAGGUUCCAAAAGGGAGGGCUCCCGGUCGUGGACCAUUCUAAAGGAAGGUGGCUGUUCCUUCUUCCCCGAAGUUCACCUUGAAGUGCCGGCAACCCCUGGAAUGAGAGCCGUCCUCGUUGUCUUUGCUGUCUCUGUCUCCUCUCUCCACAGUCUAGACCAAAGGCCCUGGGUCCACCCCGGGGAGCUGGCAUUGGCUUCAGCGGUGGCUGGGACGCCAC